CACCAUUAGCCACUCCGGCUGAAUGCCGCAUCUUGUCCAUGGCAUGGAGGUAACGUUGAAGCGGGACACGUUAUUUCAGCUUCGGUACACGAGUUGGAACCACAGUUGCAUUGUGGGAUCGCUGCAGCCUAUCUUACUUCAGCGUUUACCUCACCAGCGAACCUAUCUUCCAACCCCAUCACUAUUGACUUCUGCUAGCAGUUUUGGAGGCUCAUAAUUACACCGGCCGCUGCUUCUUCAUCAACUCAAGGUGGGCUCAGCAAGCCAGGUUCACGACAGACACAACGUAUGGCGGAUUACAUGGCCAAGUCACCGAGCUUGCCGUCGACUUGCAUCAAAAGUUCCAGGGAUAGGAGACUUGCCUUCAACAUCCCGGACUGUACGGAUUACCCUAGCUCCUUGGCAGGGCCGGAUCUGCAAGCUAAGCUUCGGCUAUGGCUGCCGAAUCCCACACCUGUCGGCCUUUCCUUGCUCACUUCCUCCCUUCUUGGUUCAAGGGGCAUAGACGACGACGAAGCAAGGGCUCAAGUUACCUAUGCGCUUCCAGCAGAGCGUUCGAGGCGGCUCGGGCCACGAUGGUGCGGAUAUGCCUUACAAACACAGAGGGCUUCCUUGUUGAGAUUCCCGUCUUCGCAUCCCUGGCGGUGUUACCGUGAUUCGCGGACCACUGAGGUCACGUCGGCCGUGUGCUGGCCGUGGCCGGGAAUUUAUCCUCGGUUUCACCCGCUGCUAUUAAUUACGGCUCGGCAGGGCAAUGGCAUCGCAUGGCGUAAGCUUUAUAACCGCUCCCACCUACCGUUCCACUUCACGUUGCUGGCCGAACACAGCUUUCCAGUUCUCUCUCUCGCUUCUCGGAGCCAUAUUGGUGGUCGGCCGGUCAAGGGACGACCCGGAUCGAUAUGAGUUGCCUGUUACCGUGGGACGCACAUCAUAUAUGCCGUCAACUGAGCUAUCAAUUGCCGGCUGCCUCCAGCUAGAGCUGCACA